AUGAACAAGGUCCUGCGCAACGGCGUUUGCGUCCGAAGCCUUUUUUCUGGAACACAAAAAUUCGACCUUGUUAUGGGCGAUAUUUUGAAUCCCAAGGACCUGCCCUCCAGUGCCAACAAAGCCGACGAGUCUGACAGGAAGGAACCGGAACUGCUGUUCAAUGUCAAGAUGAGCUGCCUGGAGCAAUAUUUGAGGGCUAUCCCCAAGGAGGAGCGCAAAGUGGAAUACGAGGACUUGGCGCAUCUGAUCAAGCUGCCGAAACUCUACCAGUCAGCAGGCGCUAACGAGAAGGUGUCCAGGGUAUUGCGCCUAUUUUUUGAGAACGAGGACAAUUGCGUCAUGGUGGCCAAGAAGGAAUUCGAGGUGUUUGAAUCAUGCUCACUGAUAAACAAUAAUGAGAACAAAAUCAGCGACAUGAUACUAACGUAUCUGUACUCGACUAAGUCAACUAGCUCAUGGUUUUCGGCGCUGCUGAGCGACACGCACCUUACGGCGGUUAACAAUGCAGAGUCGAUUGACAUGAUCAAUAAAGCAGUUCGUGGCCAGGAGAUGACACUCUCCCCGCUGGCUGUCAGUAGGGUUAAUUUCGAUGGCCUGCUUCCGAUUUUGUCUGCGGCUGAGAUAUCAUAUGGUUUCGCUUUUCUCCGAGCCAUCUUCUCAGGCAAGGUUCCUGGAAUGGACCGCGGUUCCAAGUUCCAAAUGGCAUUGAUGGAAGGGUUCAAAAGCACGAGAGGAGUUUUAAUAUUCCACGCAAUAUUUUUGCUUCAAAGCAAGAUAAUAAACUCGGAGUAUUAUUUCAAGAAUGAAGAUAACAUGAUUCCUAUGAGUUUAGCGAUGUGCUCCAGCUCGUGGCUCGCCCUUAGCGUCCUGUCAAUGACCCAUCGGCAUCUUUUGCUGCCGUUGUUGGUGCAUAGAUUCUUUAACUGA